AUGUGUGAGAGUAAGACGCCUUUUCGUACUUUUCGAGACUUUAUGUACUUGCCAGAGGUGUUCUACAAAACCAUUGGGGAGGAACUCUACGAACAUCGCUCGAACAACAAAUUACGUAGUUUCAUCUAUAAACUAUAUUUUUAUUUUGGCUUCUUGAAUUUCAAUUUUUACGUGUUCGGUGAGGUUGUUUUCUUUUCGAAAGCGCUAGGAUCGCGUGAAACCAUCUUACAAGCUACCGGAGUGGCGCCUUGCAUGUUUUUUUCGUUUAUGGCGAAUUUCAAGCAAAUUGCUUUGGCUGUGCAUAAGCACACAUUACGUGAACACUUCGAUAAGCUUGAGCUGUUGUUUCCAUUGACCAGAACUCAGCAAAUGGCUUACAGGCUGCAGCACUACGAGCACAUCAUGCGACGUGUUAUGACGAUCUUUGCGUUCCUCUGCUUGACUUACACAUCCACUUUCAGCUUUUAUCCGGCAAUCAAAGCUUUUGUUAACUAUUAUUUUCUGAAUGCUGAACACUAUGAACGCAGUUUCGGUUUUUAUGUUUGGUUUCCAUUUAACGCCACUGCCACAGCAGGUAUUUAUUGGACCACAUAUUGCUCUAUGGGUCAUGCAGCUUACUUGGCGGGUGUGGCGUUCCUAUCCGCUGAUUUAUUGAUUAUUGCUUCAGCUACUCAACUCGUUAUGCAUUUUGAUUAUAUGUCGGAACAGUUGCACAAUUUUAAGGUGAAGGACGUGGACGUGAAGAAGAAUAUGGAACAUAUAAAAUUUUUAAAUAAUUUGGUUAUGUAUCAUGCCGAAUGCUUGGAUAUAAGUGAGCAGUUGAAUUCCAUAUUUAGCUUCUCGUUGCUGCUUAACUUCUUGGCUGCGUCUUUGAAUAUUUGCUUUACGGGCUUCCAAGUGACGACAUCAACCGCUGAGGAUAUAAUAAAGUAUUGUAUUUUUUUAGCUGCGUCACUGGUGCAAGUUUUCUUGAUAUGCUAUUACGGAGAUAAAUUGAUCACAGCGAGCAAUGGAGUUGGUGAAGCAGCCUUUAAUCAGGACUGGUUUGGUAUGAGUAAUAAAUACAAGCGAACUCUUUUGUUAAUAAUUGCUCGUUCUCAGAAGCCAGCGGCACUAAAAGCUCCUACAUUGCCACCGAUUUCUUUCGUUACUUACAUGAGAGUAAUAAGUUGGUCCUAUCAAUUCUUUGCCUUAUUAAGGACAACUUACACCACAAAUUAA